AGAAGAAGUCACGUGGUAACAGCUGAACCAGGAAGAUCGACGCUUUACCAAAACAAAUCAACUAUCUCGUCUAACAGCUGCAAAUAUCUUCUCCUGGGCUGUCUGACACUACUUUUAUGUCAAGAUGGAGGACACACUUUUCCAACUAAAGUUCACAUCCAAGCAGCUUGAAAGACUGGCAAAGAAGGCAGAGAAGGAGUCUGAAAAGGAGCAGGCAAAAGUCAAGAAGGCUUUGCAACAGAAAAAUGUUGAAUGUGCCAGAGUCUAUGCAGAGAACUCCAUCCGGAAAAAAAAUGAAGGUCUUAAUUGGCUGCGCAUGUCAUCACGAGUGGAUGCAGUGGCCUCUAAAGUUCAGACUGCUAUCACCAUGAAGGGAGUGACUAAAAACAUGGGCCAGGUUACCAAGGCCCUGGACAAAGCUCUGAACUCCAUGGACCUCCAGAAGGUUUCUGCAGUCAUGGAUAAAUUUGAAACCCAAGUUCAGAACCUUGAUGUCCACACGUCUGUGAUGGAGGACUCCAUGAGCUCAGCAAUGACACUGACCACGCCUCAGGAGCAAGUAGAUAGCCUGAUCCAUCAAAUAGCAGAAGAGAGCGGCCUGGAGGUGAUGGAUCAACUCAACCAGCUUCCUGCCGGAGCCUCUUCACUGGACCCAGAGACCUCAAGGAGCCAGGAGAGGGAGGACCAGCUGUCUCGGCGGUUGGCCGCUCUGCGAAACUGAACGCUGCUGCUGGAGAGGCGACGGGCUGACACCUGCACAGAAGAGGACAAGCGUGUUACAGCGGUGACGAUAGGAGCUGCGCUGUGUUUCUAUUGAACUGCUCAUACAAAGAGGACUAAAUGAGUGUAUCAGUUACCAUCGUCCUCUACCCUAUAAAUAAAUACACCCAACCACACCGCAGUUAGAAAUACCACGAAGAGGGCCAUGAGCGUCUUUCAGGUUCACCUUCCUGUUUCUGUCUGUCUCUUAUCCUCCUCUCUAAUAUCCCAUUGCAUCUCAUUUUACUUUCCUUUUUCACCCCUCCUUCUAAAAUCUGAGGAUUUUGGAUGUAAACUUUGUACAAAACACAAAGACCUUUUACAAAUGUUAAUCAAUUUGAAGAGUUUUUAGAUUAUAAGGGAGGUGGGCAUCUCUGGGUGCCACACGAUGUAGGGUGGGAAGAUGUGUAUUUUUUUUUUUAAUUGGUUCAUUGUAGCUCUGUUUUCAGUCAAUAAUUGUGGAAGGAGACUUAAAAGUACUUGGAAAGAUGCAUCAGUUUAAAACAGAUGUCUGUAACACUAGUAUGUAUUUUUACCUCCAUCAUCAAAUUCAUCCACGUUUAAUGGUUUUAUUGUAAUACUGUAAACAACAAUGGACAAUCCCCUUCUUUUUCUGUGGGUUAUAUUUGCUCCCAUUAUUGUUUUUCACAUUUGUUUCAGACCAUAUUUUUUAUUUGUAUUCAGAGUUGAUGCUUUAAACGCCUUAUUUUGCGUGCAGGUGCUUGCAUAGGUGCUUCUUCCGCCAGUGCCUGACUGACAGUAGUUGAGAGCUCCAGUGGGUGUUAGCUGCUGGACACUUAUUAUCUCUGAAUCUGUUUUGAUCACUUUGUGUUUGAUUUAAGCCACACUGAAACCUCAUCCAGGGUUUUUUCGAAGCCUCUUUCUCUCUAAAUAGGAGUUGUCCCCUCCUGUCUCUGUUCCAGUCUGAGCAGUUUCAGGACAGGAAUCACAUCAGAGGGGUUUAUUGUUGAUGCUGGAUCCUGAUUUAACUUUUCUUAUCCCAGGAGGUGCAAGUGUAAAGAGGGUCUCCAUCAAGAUUGGAUAACGUUAUAAGACAAAAGGAAAAAUUAUGUAUAUCAGCAGAUAUGUUUGAGUGAAUAGGAGACAGCUUCUUUUGUUUUGUUUUUUUGUAAGCUUGCAGUUCUGCUUUGAGUUGCCUAUAAGUGCUUUUGAUGGGUUUCAGUUAUUACUACUUCUUUGAUUGUAUAAGUCUGUGAGAAAGGAGGGGAGUUAUGGAGAAGCUGGAGCUCCACCUAUGAACAAGCAGCUUCAUCUCUGGUUUUCAAGUUUUGUGUCCAUUUUAACUGGGGGAGGGAUUAUUUUUUUAUUCAAGUUCUUCUGACUCUUCAGCACUUUUGUUUUGUAUAUUUAUCUUGUGAAAAUAAAAUGAUCCCCUCUGACGCUGUCCAUCA